CCGCAGCUGCGCAGUGGGAGUCAGCUGACAGCAGCCAGCGGAUGUCUCACCUCGAUCAUCCGCACUGAAGCGCCUCGUCCCCGGGCUCCGCUCACCGUCGUCCCCCCCGCCGCGGAGAACCGGACAGUCAGCCGCUAACCCGGGCCGCGGCCUCCCGCCUCCCGCAGGAUGAGUGUCGGCGCUCCGAGAGGCCUGGCCAGCUCGGGGCAGAAGCCCAUCGCGGAGAUCCUCCACCCGCUGUCCGCCGCCGAGGAGCCGCUGUCCCCGGGGCCAGAUGUCACGGCGGACCUAGGAGGGGACAAGGAAGCCGCGUUGACCAAUGGCACGCCGGUGGAGACGUCCAGCCCCGCCUCGGCGUCCUCGCUCCUCAAUAGGCUGCAGCUGGACGACGACCUGGAAGCAGACGGCCUCGACCCGUACGUCUCCACGGAAACCCGUGACCUCUUCGUCACGGUCGACGACCCAAAGAAGCACGUCUCCACCAUGGAGACCUACAUCACCUACAGAGUCUCCACCAAGACGACACGGAUAGAAUUUGAUCUGCCCGAAUACUGCGUGCGGCGGCGCUACCAGGACUUCGAUUGGCUGAGGAUCAAGUUGGAGGACAGCCAGCCGACCCACCUCAUCCCACCGCUGCCCGAGAAGUUUGUGAUGAAGGGCGUGGUCGACCGUUUCUCGGAGGAGUUUGUGGAGACGAGGAUGAAGGCUCUGGACAAGUUCCUGAAGCGAGUCGCGGACCAUCCCGUCCUCUCCUUCAACCCGCACCUGAACGCUUUCCUGACGGCCAAGGACCUGAACAAGCGUCAGGGUCUCGCCCUGCUCACCAAAGUGGGCGAGUCGGUGAAGCACGUGGCCGGCGGCUACAAGCUGCGGGCGCGGCCGGCCGAAUUCUGCGCCAUGGGCGAGUACCUGGACACCUUCAACCAGAAACUGGGAACCAUCGACCGCAUCGCUCAGAGGAUCAUCAAAGAGCAGUCAGAGUACAAUACAGAGCUGCGUGAGUACGGCACCCUGUACUCCAGCUGGGCCGCGUCGGAGGAAGAGCUGCAGCGCCCCCUGGAGGGCGUGGCCAGCUCUGUGGCGACGUGCGGCGGUGCACUGGAGGAUCUGAGUGAGAACAUGAGCCAGGACUUUCUGCCUGUACUCAGAGAGUACGUUCUCUACAUAGAGUCUAUGAAGAACGUUCUGAGGAAGCGAGACCAGAGCCAGGCGGAGUACGAGGGACGACUAGAAGCAGCCGUGUUGCGCAGACAGGAAGACAGGACGCCUAUGCCAGUGGAGGUGGAGAAAUGCCAGGACAGACUGGAGUGUUUCAACGCUGACCUGAAGGCGGACUGGGAUCGCUGGCAGAGCAACAAGCGGCAAGACUUCAAACAGCUUCUCACCAACAUGGCCGACCAAAACAUCACCCACUAUGAAAAGUGCCAGGCAGGGUGGGAGUCGCUCAUCACUCUCCUCCAGGACAAACAGACCGAGGACAAAACGAGCGAGACGAACUGAAACAUCGCGUGUUUCCGCCCCACGUUCCUCCCUCACACGCUCUCAUGCCAAGGAAACGGAGCAAACCGGGGCAGCAGCUUGGAACUGCUGGACUUCAGCCCCCUGUUCUCGUGUGAGACGUCUGUACGGAGGGGAAGUCGUCUCUCGCGGUGACCUGACCUGCGAAAGAGGUGCGUUCAAGGACAGCAGGGAACGAGGAGAAACCUGCUGUGUACACAGAAAUGUUUUUUUUUGGUCAUUGUUCUUAUUGACUCUUUUCUACUUCAUAUUUCCAAUUAACAGUUAAUUGCUGUUUGUGUUUAUUUAACUGCGAUCUUUUCACCCCCGUUUUCACAUUGAAUAAAAUGUGAAGGAAAAAGCUCCUGAUUGAUGCAGAAGAAAUUUUUUGAAGGUGGAUACUGAUAAUUUGAGUUGGUGUGAAGUAUCUUGAAAUAACAAAAUAACUAUUUGGAGCAUCCCCGAGAUUUCUCUCCCUUUCUUUUUGUAAAAAUCCUCCGAGAACACAACACAAAAACUGUCCUUUCUCAUCUGUACAAAGGCGUCUUAUUGGCUGUAGAUAAGACGCCAGUAUUUUAUAAACCUUUCUAAUUAGUUUUGCAUGUUUCAGCUCAUGAAAUCUUGUAUUUGCCAUUUUCAUAAGUGCACAAACUUUGCAGUGUAGCCUUUGUUAUUUAGAAAUCAACUUGGACAGAUGUGAAUUAGCUGUGGCAUUAGAGGUUCAUGACUCGGCCUUGUGUUCAACCCGAGGACUGAAGGAGAAGCAGGACGCGUCGCAGCUGAUGUCGGUAAAAUCCUCUAAGUUCUACAGUAAGAAAUUAGUCUUAGAGGCAAAGCUGCAUUCGACAGUGAUGGCACCGAUGCGCAUCUGGUUUGAAUAUCGAGCUUCCUGCUGUGUUUGGUGAUGUAUCUGAUUUUUGUAGCUACACUGCAGCGCCAUCUGGUGGUCAAACCCAUUCUAUUCUUUUGAAACUGAGCAGUGCUGCCUCUUUUUUUUUUGCCAAUGGCCAUUUGUUUACACUUCUGUUCUCUUGCAGAAACAAAAGACUCAGAUUUGGAUGCUAACAGGUAGUUUCACCUUAUGGAAAAUAAACGGAAGGCGUUUGAAAGAGAACAAUCCCUCGGUACACUUUACUUUAUUCCCUCAAUCAGGUGUCUGUGCUUUAAAGAACACUUUAAAGAGUCAAAUGUAUUUUCUUGCAGUAAUCUGCCUUUGUGACUCUUAUUUGUGCUUUGGGAACGUGUGGCAUCAUUUCCCACAUUAGUAACAUCUGUCUCACAGAGUUUAGAGCGGUCAGGUGAACAUCUGUCUGUUUUGGAGUUGGUGAAUUUUCUUAAGAAUUUUCUUGUUGCUGGUUUGCAGAGAAUCAAUCAGCGUUGAGGCUUCUUGGAAAUCAAAUUUUAAAAAGUUUGGCUAAAAAGAGUUUUACACCCUUUACUUUCACGUGUGUAGGAUUUAGUUUGAUCUGUUGGCAGAAAUUUAUAUUUUCAUUCGUGUAUAAUCACCUGACAGAAUCAAACAUGUAGCCAUUACCUUGAAUGAGUCCUUUAAAUCCACUCCUCAGGGUCAGCCAUGUUUUCUUGACCCGACAAACCAAACACUGGCUCUUCAGUCGACUUUUAGCCUGAAGGAUUCUUCACAUUCUCCUUCCCGUGGUUUUCAGUUGGUUGCAGUACCCAAACCCCAUCACUAGAUGCCACUAAAUGCUGCACAGUGAACUUUUUAAAAACUGAAGCCGUUUGUUUCCAGUGAAAUGUUUGUUUCUCCAACUCUGACAUAUUUAGCAAUUUGGUUUUGUUAAAUUCCCUGGAGCUCGUCUGCUCGGCUGUGACUCGUGUGUGUUGUACAACAGCGCAACUGACAACUUGUUUUUUUUCGUCACACCGGUUUCCUCUUUUCUUUUUGUUUGCCUCAAAUGGUGCUGAUGCGAUUUUUGCCUUGAAGAGAAAAUCGAAUUCUGAGAUAUUCUGAUACCAGUGUGUGAUCUUGACCAUAGAGGGAGCAGCUGCGGUAAACAGAACCACAUUCACAAAAGAUUUAUUUUUCUGUGGCGUAGGUUUCACCAGCUGUAGCCUGGUGAUGUUUAUUUUUCAGACACAUGAUCAUAAUUUCUGUUUGAGGAGUUUCUUUAAUGAAUAAGGUUCAGAUUCGGGGGCAUGAUAAUGUCAUCAUUUUUUAUUUCCUUAUCUCGUGUUUCCAGAGGAUUUAUUAAAACAUUAAAUGUCAUUUGCUUCUUUUAAGUUGUGUCUUUUUAUCCGACCAUUAGUACUGAGCCUUCUGCUGUAAGACGGUGAUGACGUCUGAUUGUCGGUUUUUAGUUGUCAGCUCUCGCUCUUGUGUCCUUCGUUCUCCUUGAGCUUUAAAAUGAACGAGCUACUGCCUCCUCUUGCUACCAGACGUCAGCGAUGAAGAAUAUUGUUUGUAUUUUACUGUGUGCAUUGGAUGGAGUGAGCAGAGAAGCCGUGGUCCAGUGUGGAGGCAGCUGCAGCAGAGAGAACUAUGGAUGCACUGAUGCUAAAAAAGCUUAAUUACUGUAUUUAUAUGCCAGAACACCUUAAUACUAAAAUCCUGUAUUAAGAGCCAGAGUCGGGGGGGCGGGGGGUUCUGAUUAGACCGGCCCAUUCGCAAAUACUUUAGAAGACGAAUUACAUUAACAUUUUCAUAUACUGACUUGAUGAAGAACUGAGGAAAUGUCAGAAACAUGAAAACAGUUAAAGAUGAAGUGAUUGGAUAUAAAUUAACACUCUUCCUUUUGGUUCUAUUUAGUUUAGUUCAUGAGAUCGGUACUCUGUGUUUGUUUGUUAACAGCGUAUUUUCAAACCGAGGCGUCAGUGUGUCUGUAGUCCUUCCUGCUCUGCGGUGUCAGUACCUGCACUGACCUGACGCAGUGACCCGAGCACACACAACUUCCUCCUGAGUGAAACGUCUUUUUGCUCUCACAGCAAUAUUCUGUACAUUCAAUAUCCCGAGUGCACAGCUUGAAGAGUGUACGACACAGCUGAGUCUAUUUUUGUACAAGACGCAGAUCGCUGUUGGGUUCCAGCGAGUGUGUGUGAAGAUGAAGCGUUUGAAAAAGGGAUUUUUGGAAGAUUUGUAAUAUGUAAAUUUGGCAUAACCAAAAUACGAGGAACGAAACUUUUAUUUUUGGAAACGCCGGUGAAGAAUUUACGUCUCUUCUCUCACAGCCACUGUAAAAGCCCCAUAUUCUACUGUGUGCCUGCUGAUUUCUUUUUGCACUAUUUACUGUAUGUAGCUCCAACCACUGGCAGAAAUAUCUGCUGAGAAGAAAAACCAACAAAGAACUAAAUUUACUUUUCUGGUGUUCUGGUGUCAAAUUAUUUUGUGUUUCAGUUUGAACGUUUUUCGCUGAUUCAGGUUAAAUCACCAAACAGGGACGACCACGACGGCUGCCACUGUACGAGCCCGUAAGGAAACGAGAAUUGUAUUUUUCUUAAAGGUAAAAAAUCCAAUGUUUCUAAGCCAAAUGUCGCCGUCUCUUCCUCCUGUCUUCCUCCCGUACGCUCACUCGUGAAGAGAAUCUCAUCUGCAGCUCAGAGUCAAAAAUCCAACCCGUACGAAAAGGUUAAACUUUCACAAUCGUUUGAAUCCAGCUUCAUUUCUUCUUCUUCUCUCUUUUCUGUUCUCCUAAGUGUGUACUGUUUACGUUCAGAGCUCCUAAUGUACAUUUGGAUGUGAAUAACAUCUUGUUGUAAUUAUAAAUAAGCUUGUAUAUUGAUGUUGUUUUUGAAGCAAUUUAUCUUUACCUCAAAUGAUUUUUUGGAUAUAUUGGACCAAUAAUAAUAAAAACUAAGAUUUCAUUUGAUUACG